AUUUGUAUUGAUUGUUUUCUUUUAUGUUGUUUUGAUUGCGCUUGCAGUUUUUGUUCCUUUUUAUUUGUUUAUUUCAUUUAUCGUUCUUUCUCAAAGAAAAUUACUUCCAUUUCUUCGUUUUAUUUUGGUAUUUUUAUUUUACCUAUAUGGUAUUGUGGAAGCGCGGUUAAGGUUGCAGGCUGAUCUCCAGUAGUACUGAUCAAGGAAAUGUGUCCUCGGCUCUCCUGUGCCCUUUUUUUCUUGUAUAUAUAUUGGUCCAUCUCAAAUUUCUUGGGGAAUGGGCUGGAAAAUUGUUUUAACAUUUCAUUGUUCUAGCCGGCGAGGCUUGUUGUGGCAUUUGAUGUUUGGAUAUAGUCUGUCAGUUACAUUCGAAAUUCAUGAGUAGCUUGGUCUGGUUUUGGUGAGGUCCAUAAUGUGGUACUUUAUGUCUGGAAACUGCACAUGAUCAUGUGGGACUUGAUUCACUUCUUUCUCAUGUCGAAGGAUAAUGUUCUGUCUUCUGUAUUUGUUUAAGUUUUGAUAUUUACAGCAAGAUAACAGUUGUUGUUGCGCGUUUCAAGUUGUGUGUUCGGGGGGGCACAGAAGAGUUUCAGAAUUUCUUGUUUCCUUUUCUAGCAAAUAGCUCUUCCAAAGAAUUUAUCAAUGCACGUGAGUACAAUGGGCCCAUCAUGAGUGAUUCGGAUGCAGUCACAGAGUAGAUUGUAUCCAAGUGGAGCUCUGGCCAUAAGUAAUCCGCCAUUUCCUUUGUUUUCAUAAAGAAAGAAAGCUAUUGAGGAGGAGCUCACCAGAUAUAAAUUUUGAAGCAAGCAAAGUGACUGUGUUGAAGCAUAUAGUUCGUGUGUUUGGAAAGAAAUAAUUGUUUCUAGAGAUAGAUCCUUGGGAAGCGACGAAGGAUGGUCGCAAAGUUAGUGUGGGUGAUUGUGCUUUGUUCAAACCAGCUCACGAUUCCCCUCCUUUCAUUGGAAUAAUCCGAAGGCUAAAGUUGAGUGACGACAAUAACCUGCAGUUAGGUGUUAAUUGGCUUUAUCGACCUGCUGAGCUUAAGCUUGGCAAGGGCAUCCUUCCGGAAGCCGCACCCAACGAAGUCUUUUAUUCUUUUCAUAGGGAUGAGACAUCUGCUGCAUCACUACUGCAUCCGUGUAAAGUUGCAUUCCUUUCUAAAGGUGUUGAACUUCCAACAGGGAUAUCCUCAUUUAUCUGCCGGCGUGUUUAUGAUAUUUCAAACGAGUGUUUAUGGUGGUUAACUGACCAAGAUUACAUCAAAGAGCUACAAGAAGAGGUAGGUCAACUAUUAAACAAGACGCGACUAGAGAUGCAUGCAACAGUGGGUGGUCGUUCUCCAAAACCAAUGAAUGGUUCCAUGUCAACAGCACAAUUGAAACCAGGCGCAGAUAAUGUACAAAGCAGUGCAACUUCUUUUCCUCCACACGUCAAGGGGAAGAAAAGGGAGCGGGGAGAUCAGGGCCCCGAGUCAAUUAAACGUGAACGUUCAAUCAAAACAGAUGAUAUAGAUUCUGGUCAAAUCAAAGCUGAAAGCAUAUUAAAAUCUGAAAUUUCUAAAAUUACGGAGAAAGGAGGGCUUGUAAACUCUGAAGGGGUGGAGAAGCUAGUUCACCUCAUGCAGCCAGAUAGAAAUGAGAAGAAAAUGGAUUUGAUUAGUCGUUCAAUGCUUGCGAGUGUUGUAGCUGCAACUGAAAAUUUUGAUUGUCUUACUAGGUUUGUACAGUUAAGGGGUCUACCUGUGUUAGACGAGUGGCUUCAAGAUGUUCAUAAGGGGAGGAUUGGUGAAUCUAGUAACACAAAAGAUGGUGACAAAUCGGUUGAAGAAUUUCUCUUUGUUUUGCUUCGUGCACUUGAUAAGCUUCCCGUGAACCUUCAAGCACUGCAGAUGUGCCAUAUUGGCAGGUCUGUUAAUCACUUGCGGCAGCAUAAGAACACCGAAAUACAGAGGAAGGCACGGAGUUUAGUCGACACGUGGAAGAAACGGGUUGAAGCUGAGAUGAACAUCAUUGAUGCCAAGUCUGGUUCAAAUCAGGCUGUCACGUGGCCUUCUAAAUCAAGGUUGCCUGAGGCUUCUCAUAGUAUUAGCAAAAAUCCUGGUGGUUCAAAUGAGGUGACAAAAAGUGCAGCUGCACAGCUUUCUGCAUCUAGAGUGGCUUCGAUAAAGGCUUCACAAGGGGAGACUACUAUAAAGUCUGUGUCCUUGUCCCCGGGCUCAACAAAACCGGCAUCAUCACCUGCAUCUGGAAAAGAGGGUCAGCCCAAAGUUUUGGUCGGUGGGUCUUGUGAUGUCCCUUUAUCUAGGGAAGACAAAAGCAGCAGUUCUAGCCAGUCUCACAACCACAGCCAGUCUCUCUCGGGAAAAGAGGAUGGAAGGAGCUCAACUGCUGUAUCAAUGAGCAGCAUCAAAAUCUCUACUGGUGGUUCUCGUCAUCGGAAGUCAAUUAAUGGUUAUCCUGGAUCAUCAGUAUCUGGGAGCCAAAAGGAGAGUCCUGCAGGCAGAAGUUCACAUAGGAAUCCUACUUCAGAAAGGUUGCCGCAGUCUGCAUUGAGUGGUGAGAAAGCUGUUGAUGUGCCAGUUCUCGAGGGGAGUGGUCAUAAAUUAAUAGUUAAGAUAUCUAACAGGGGACGCAGUCCUGCACAGAGUGCCAGUGGAGGAUCCUAUGAGGACCCUACGAACAUGAGCAGCCGUGCUUCUUCUCCUGCUCUUUCUGAAAAGAAUGAUCAAUUUGACCGAACAUUAAAGGAAAAGACUGAUGAAUAUCGAUCAAAUUGUGAUGCAAAUACUGAAUCAUGGCAGAGUAAUGAUUUCAAAGAUAUACUAACUGGUUCUGAUGAUGGUGAUGGAUCACCAGCUGCCCAUCCAGAGGAGGGGGGAAGCAAGAUUGUUGAUGAUAGCAGGAAAUCAGCUGAAGUUGGAGCUGCUUGUACAUAUGGGACUGAAACGAAAUCUGGAAAGCUGCAUGAAGCUUCUUUUAGCUCCAUGAAUGCUUUGAUUGAGAGCUGUGUAAAAUAUUCUGAAUCAAAUGUGCCUAUGUUACUGGGUGAUGCUAUUGGAAUGAAUCUCCUUGCCAGUGUGGCUGCCGAAGAAAUGUCCAAGUCUAACAUGGUUUCACCUUCUGUUUCUCCACGAAGAAAUACCCCCUCUGCUGAAGAGGCUUGCACAGGUGAUGACGUUAUGUCGAAGUCACCUCCUGGUGGUAUCUCCGCUGGUCACCGUAGAUAUGAUGAUGAUGAUGGUGAUGCUAAUAGAGAGAAACUCGUUGCGGCCAGUGCUUCAUAUUCUGAGGAUAAACUGCUUUCAUCUAUGGGUGCUGCGAUGGAGUUAUCUGGAGAUCGAAAGGCCUCCAUUGCACCACCUUCUCAAGAGACGAUGACAGGUGGAUGCAAUAAACAGUUCAAUUCUCCCUGCUUAGAUUCGCAGAUGGCUGGAGAAAAGUUGGAGAUCACUGAGAAGGCAAUUGAUGGUGAAUUAAGCAAACAAUUCCAGGAGGAAAAGGUGGUGUCCCAUGAGGUCAAAGUUGAAGGUUCUCUAGAUGCUAAAUUAGGUGGAGAUGGCACUUCAGUAUUAGGAGACAUGGUUACUAAUAAACUUGCAAGCUUAGAAGACCAGAAACCGGCCGUUGAAGUCUGCACUUCUAAAUUUGAAAGUGAGAACAAAGAUGGUGUGAACAGGGUGUUAAAUAAUGCUAGUACUGAGAUGAAACCAUCUUCUGUAGUAGUAAAUUCUGAAAAGAUGGAAGGAAGUGAUAAGGAAGAACACCUACCGACUAGUUCAAGUAGAGACCCCACCGCUGUCAAAGGUGGACAGUCUGAUGAAGCUAGUAUAAAUCUUGUAAAUCUGUCUGAAAAGAAGAGAUCUGAUCACGAAAAUGUUGAAGCUUCAGUUGAGGAUAAAACCCGGGUUGAAAUUACUGCAAGAAAUCAGAAGGGCGAAGCUUGUGUUGAAAGGAAAGAUGUUGUUCCUAUGCAGAACUCUGGCUUGUUGCUCAGUCAGAAAGAUAGACCUGGAUUUUCAAAUGCAGAACUGCAGAAACAUGGGGAAUCUAGAGAAUCAAACUUCUCUGCUGUUGAAGCAGAUAAAGCAAAGGAUUGUCGAUCUGCCAAUGUAGAAACUUCUAUCUCUGCUGCUGCUCCAGAGUCUGCUUCAAAGGUGAAGUUUGACCUAAAUGAAGGUUUUAUUUCCGAUGAGGGAAAAUACGGGGAGCCGAUCUGCCUUACAGGCGCUGGAUGUUUAUCAAAUGUCCAUAUUAUGAACCCGUUGCCUUAUGCUGUGUCCUCAGUUUCCUGUAGUCUGCCUGCCUCCAUUACUGUAGCAUCCGCUGCUAAAGGUCCGUUUGUUCCACCUGAGGACCUAUUGAGGGUUAAAGGUGAGUUUGGUUGGAAAGGCUCUGCUGCCACAAGUGCAUUUCGCCCAGCUGAGCCCAGAAAAUCGCUUGAUAUGCCAUUGAGUUCCGCGACCAUCUCUCAUACUGAAGCUUCUACCAGCAAGCACAGUCGUCCUCAAUUAGAUAUUGACCUGAAUGUACCUGAUGAAAGAACCUUUGAUGACAUAAAUGGUCAAGAUUCUGCUCUAGAGUUGAUCUCCCCAUUGGACCAUAUUGCUAAUCGUACUUCAUUGACAAAUGGAGUGUCAGAUUCUCCUGGUGUUCGUUGUUCUGGAGGGCUUGAUCUUGAUUUGAAUAGACUUGAUGAACCUGGUGAUGCAGGACAAUGCUCUGUGAGUAGCAGUUGUAGAUUGGACGGUGCUGUUUUUCCUCCCAAAGCAUCACCGUUUGGCUUGCCAACGGGAGAUGUGAGGAGGGACUUUGAUUUAAAUAAUGGGCCAGGUGUUGAUGAUUCCAGCGCAGAACAGUCUCUAUUCCAUGAUAAUCAUCAGGGAAGCAUGCGUUCCCAACUGCCUGCUUCUAACCUCAGACUGAACAAUCCGGAGAUGGGGAACCUUUCUUCUUGGUUUACUCCUGGGAGUACUUAUUCAACUGUGACACUUCCAUCGAUUUUGCCUGAUCGUGUGGAGCAGCCUUCAUUCCCAAUAGUCACACCUGGUGCACAACGAAUAUUGGGUCCUCCUGCUGGUUCUCCUUUCACCCCAGAUGUUUACCGGAGUUCGGUAUUGUCAUCAUCGCCUGCUGUGCCCUUCCCAUCCUCCCCUUUCCAAUAUCCUGUAUUUCCUUUUGGAACGAGUUUCACUCUUCCUUCUGCAACAUUCUCAGUUGGAUCAACUUCUUUCGUCGAUUCUUCUUCUGGUGGAAGGAUGUAUUCACCAUCUGUAAAUUCACAGUUGCUGGGUCCUGUUGGCUCAGUGUCAUCUCAAUAUCCGAGGCCCUAUGUCGUUGGCCUUCCUGAGAGUAACAACAAUGGUACCAUGGACCACAAUAGAAAAUGGGGCAGGCAGGGUCUGGAUCUUAAUGCAGGACCUGGAGUGGUGGACAUGGAAGGGAGAGAAGAGUCGGUUUCUUUGACGUCAAGGCAACUCUCUGUUGCCGGUCCACAAGCAUUAGCAGAGGAGCAUGGCAGGAUGUAUGCUUUACCUGGUGGUGUUCUGAAGAGGAAGGAGCCAGAGGGAGGAUGGGACAGUGAGAGCUUCAGGUUCAAGCAGUCAUGGCAUUAAGAUCAGGAAAAGCUGCAAUCUGGUGAUUUGGAAAGCUAUUGGAUGAUGGAUUUUCGCCAAUUCCUCAGACUCAGCUUCUGGUAUGCCUCCUGCGGGGGUGGGUGGUAAGUGAGCAAAAAUGAUGUUUCAGAGUCUCCGACCACCACCUCUUCACUGUAUCAGUGUAGUAGGGAUUUGCAUGGUUUCCAAGCACUUUGGUCAGCUAUAUUCUCUGGGUGGAUGCAGAUGUGUUUUCCCUCUGUAGAUAUUUAACUGUCGGAAAGCUUGAAAUCUUUGAUGCCCAGGGACUGGUGAUAAAUCAAUAUUAUCCUUAUCCAAAAUGUUGACAUUGGAGGUCAGGGUUCAGGGUUCCAGACUGAAUCAAAUGGAAAGUUUUCUUCUUUGUGCGUUGCUGUUAAUCAACUUUCUUUUAUCCCAGUUUUAUAGGCAUUUCUGUGUCCUCCGUUUGCCCAUUACAUAUGUAUACAGGGGUUGGCACCAAAUUUUGGUACUAAUGCUUUCAUCAGGCAUGUUUUAGUUGUUGUGGCUGCCAUUGUACCAUAAAUUGAAUCAGUCUAACUUUAGCUGUAGUGUCAUUCACAGAUGAUAGAACUAUUGUUAAAGAUGAUAUUUUCAUUGGUGGUGGUGA